CUUACUCCGUAUAUGUUUGGCAAAGCUCCUUCUCCAUUUUAGAUCUCAUUCUCUCUCAUCAACAAGAAACGGAUCGUAGGUGCCUUGAACUGGGAAAUCAACGAUGCCGCCGGGAAAACUCUGCAGCAUCCGGCCAUGCCUAACUCGGUCCCGUUCUCGUAGCAGACUCAAUUCAACUCGGUGACUCGUCAGAAACGCCCUCUCAAGAAAAAACCAUUCUGCCCUCCCCCAAUCUAAACUUGUACGAGUGGGACGACACUGGCUAAUUCCGACCUGUCGCCCUCUACGACAGAUCUAUGCCUGAGUCGGAUGAGUUGAAUUCGUCGAAAAGUCUUCCGAUGGCGGUGGAUCUAAAACUUUGUUCUCAAAAUAUGAAAUGCUUAGUUUUUUUAAGCAUCACAAAAAGUGGAAGCGCCCCACAGUUCAUCCAAAACCCCUUUCACUCCCUUCUUCUUCUUCUCUUCUUCUUUCACAUCGCCUCUCCGUCAAAUUCCUUGUCGGCAUACCAUACACAAUCCAAAUCUUCAAUCUUCCCACACCUCUACUCCGUUUGUGUCUCCGCUUCGUUGCAGCUCCGCGAAGAAAUAUCCAUUUUUUCCCUGGGUAAAAAUGGGUAAAAAAGCUAAGAAGAAGGCUAGAAGUGGCCACAGUGAGAAACAGGUUCAUGUUUCAUCACCUAUCCAUGUUUCUCAUCAGAGUAAAAGCAUUAGCAAUUUUCAGAAAGGUGGAGUUGCAGUUGUUGAAGAGGAAAAAACAUGCCCCCAUGUUGAGAAGAAACUUAAUCUUGAAAAGGUUUCUGCAAAAUUGGGAUCUUCAGAAUCAAUUAGGUGUGAAGAAUGCAUGGGUGAAGGCGUUGAUAAUCAGUCAUCUAAAGGGAAGACAAAGCACACGAAAAAGAAGGUAAGCACGGAUAAAGCUAUAUGGGUUUGCUUAGAAUGUGGUCGUUUUUCAUGCGGGGGUGUUGGUUUGCCUACUACACCUCAAAGCCAUGCAGUUCGGCAUUCAAAGAAAUAUCGUCACUCACUGGCUGUCCAAUAUGAAAAUUCCAACCUAAUUUGGUGUUUCCCAUGCAAUAAACUGAUUCCUUGCAAUAAAACAGAUGACAGUGCUGAACACAAAAAGGUAAUACAUGACAUUGUGAACCUAAUCAAAGGAACACAGCCUGAAGUUAAAAAUGUAUGUGUUGAUAAUGUGUUUUCUUCAAGUGGUAGUGGAAGUAUCAGGAGUUAUGUCAUAUCAAAACAAUCUGCUUUGGUUGGGUUGGAUGGUAAGUCUGGGUAUUCUGUCAGAGGAUUUAUUAAUUUAGGGAAUACUUGUUUCUUUAAUUCACUCUUCAUGGAGACACACCCUGAAACUGGUUUGAGGGGCGCUGUUGUAAAUCCAAAAUCUGUUUAUAGUUCGAUAUGCUCUAAGUUUCCUCAAUUUCGAGGAUACCAGCAACAAGAUAGUCAUGAGUUGCUUCGAUGUUUGCUUGACGGUUUAUGUACUGAAGAACUGGCUGGAAGUGGAAGAACGAAAAAUGCCUCCAAAGAAGAUCCCACCUUAAUUAGUUCUAUCUUUGGGGGGCAACUUUCAAGUACUGUUAGUUGUCUAGAAUGUAGGCACUCCUCAGUAGUACAUGAACCAUUCCUAGAUCUGUCAUUGCCAGUUCCAACUAAGAGGCCACCGUCCAAGAAAUCCCAAAUAGUGACUCGACCAAAAAAAUCAAAGCUUCCCCCAAAGAAAAGUGGCAGGAUUAGUACAAGAGCCAGCAAAUAUAUAAUCUCUCAGCCUGCUCAGAGUGCUCCAGAAUCUGCAAUGGUUUCUCUAAGAGAUGCAUCAUUAGAUUCCCUUGACGUUAGUACUUUGGCUGAUGACAUGGGUUUAUUUAGCUCAGCCACUCAGGAAUCUGGAAAUGAUACAAUGAUUGAAGCAGGAACUUUAAACCACACUGAUGAUUCAACAUGGUUGGAUUAUAUCGAGCCAGAAACAUUGCCUACUUAUGAAGUUUCACCUUUGCACAGUGAUGAAUAUUCCAAUAAUAAGUAUUUUGGGGAUGUAAGUUUUGUUCAGCAUGAUGUCUCAUUGCAACAGAAUUCAGAAACUGAUUUGGAGAUUGCUUCCCCAUAUAGAGAUGUAACAUCUUCUUCAGACAAUUUGGCAUGCUCGAAUAAUCUAGAACAAAAUGAAGUGUUAUGUGCAACUCAAGGUCACGAUAUGGAAAUUAAUCCCUCCUCUACAACUCAUUGUGAAGAUGAUAUACCGUUGCAGGUACAUGAUUCAAAAGUAAUCUUUCUUCCAUACAAAGAAGAAAGUACAUCUUCAUUUGAGGUACCAAAAGGAGAAAGUGAGGUUUUGUCAGUAGCUGGUUGUGAACAAGAUGUGGAUCUUGAUGGCUUUGGGUGCUUAUUUGAUGAACCCGAGGAGAUGACUGCAGGUUGUUCUGUAAAGCCCUCAUCAAACAGUGACUCUGAUCCAGACGAGGUUGAUAACAGUAAUUCUACUGUAUCAGUGGAGAGUUGUUUAGCUUAUUUCACAAAACCUGAAAAUCUAACCAUAAGUGACCAUGCCUGGAAGUGCGAAAAUUGUUCAAAAGUUCUUCUAGAACAAAAGAAGCGAGAGAGGGUUGCAGAUGGAUAUGGGGAUAUGCUCGAUGGUGAGUUGAAUGACCAUAGAUAUAAUGACAAUGACACCUGCAGCUCUAGUAGUGAACAAUUUUAUAGAUCACAUAGCACUGAUAUUAUGGAGGGGAAUCACUCUAUAUCCCAAAAAUCUAAGCCAGAUGGAACUGUGGAUGCGGAGACAGAUUCUGAAACUGUCAAAGUAGAAAGAGAUGCAACAAAGAGGAUCCUCAUUGAUAAACCCCCUCGAGUUUUGACUAUUCAUUUGAAGAGAUUCAACCAAGAUGCUCGAGGGCGGCUAAGUAAACUGAAUGGCCAUGUUUAUUUUAAAGAUACACUUGAUCUCAAACCCUAUAUUGAUCCCAGACACCCGGAGUGUGGGACCCACAAAUAUCAGCUGCUCGGGGUGGUGGAACAUUCCGGGACAAUGCGUGGAGGGCAUUACGUUGCAUAUGUAAGAGGAGGCAGAAGCGGAUGGAAAACCGAGAAAGGCGGAGAGUCGGUAUGGUAUUAUGCGAGUGAUGCUCACGUGAGCCAGGUUUCUUUGGAAGAAGUUCUUCGCUCCGAGGCAUAUAUUCUGUUUUAUGAAGAGAUGUGAGAUGAGUAUUAUACACCCAAGUUCUUUAUUCAUUGAUUGUUUCUAUAAUUCUAUCAUUUACUUAGAGAGGGGUGUAUACACACAUUCAGUGUUUUUGCCCAUUUUUGUCCAGAAAUUUUGUUGUUUAUUUAGCAAUGAGCCUAAAGAUGU